ACCGUUAACAGAAAACAAAGUGGCAGAGGAAAAGAGAGAGAAAUAAAAAGAUUUCGUGCUGUGGUGUUCGUUUGGUAUGGCUCUGGUUCUUAAACACUAACGACCAGUGCUCACUGUUCUGCAAAAGUUCCUCCUUAAUUCCCCCUUACAGGAGGUGCCCCUUUUUUGUCAGAUCUCGACUCUCGAAGCCUAGGAUUCAAGCCCCAAGAAGCAACUACUGGGUCUUGUUCUUCUACGCGGAGUCCAACUCAAAUUUUCCCUUUCAAGAGAGUGCCCCUCCCUGCAGUGUUUAUUGGUUUAUUUUCUGUCUUGUUUAUUAAAUCAUGCCUGCUCUUCAGAUAAAGUUACAAUUGAUGGGAUGGUAGGUGAGUGAGAGAGAGAAAACAUUGUGUGACAAUUAAGGCACUGCCAAUCUUGGAAUUGGGUGAACUUUUUGAGAGUUUAAUACAUUGCAAAUUUGUAACUUCCGUGGGCAAAGCUGUAACUGACGGCCUAGCCAAUACGAGUGGCACCGUUGCCGUCCUUUGUUCGAAAGGGAAAACGAGACGAGCACUUAACUCUCUCUUUCUAAGGAGUUAAAGAAGGCAACGGAUUGCGGACUGUCAUACAUUUGUCACGAAGAGUCUCUUGCUUACUCUGCUUGUGCUAUUAUAAAUCCCCUCCUCAAGCCUCUAGUGCAGAGCCAAAGAGACCGAGAUUUGAUCUACUUCGUCUGUAAGAAAUGUUACCUCAGAAACAUGCGGAGGAGGCCAUGGUCUCGAGCUUCAACUUGACUGAGCGUGAUGACAGAGAGGAAGAGAAGGCAGACGAGUCGGGUUUGGGCCUCAAAAGCUUUCUCUGGCAUGGUGGUUCUGUCUAUGAUGCAUGGUUCAGCUGUGCAUCCAACCAGGUGGCUCAGGUUCUGUUAACGCUGCCAUACUCUUUCUCUCAAAUGGGUAUGCUUUCAGGGAUUAUACUGCAGGUCUUUUAUGGUCUGCUUGGAAGCUGGACUGCUUAUCUGAUUAGUAUUCUAUACGUUGAGUACCGAAGCCGAAAGGAGAAAGAGAAUGCCAGCUUCAAGAACCAUGUCAUCCAGUGGUUUGAAGUGCUCGAUGGUUUACUUGGUCCGUACUGGAAAGCCGUUGGGUUGGCCUUCAACUGUACCUUCCUCCUCUUCGGAUCUGUUAUCCAGCUCAUAGCUUGUGCAAGUAAUAUAUACUACAUAGACGACCAUCUGGACAAGAGGACAUGGACGUAUAUCUUUGGAGCUUGUUGUGCCACCACUGUGUUCAUACCCUCAUUCCACAACUACAGGAUUUGGUCCUUCCUUGGGCUGGGAAUGACCACCUACACUGCUUGGUAUUUGACCAUUGGAGCCCUUGUUAAUGGCCAGGCAGAGGGUGUAACGCACAGUGGCCCAACAAAGUUGGUUUUGUAUUUCACAGGCGCCACCAAUAUACUGUAUACUUUCGGCGGGCACGCCGUCACCGUGGAAAUCAUGCAUGCAAUGUGGAAACCUCAGAAAUUCAAGUACAUUUAUCUCCUGGCCACCCUCUAUGUAUUCACCCUUACACUUCCAUCUGCGAUUGCCAUGUACUGGGCCUAUGGCGACCAACUUCUGACCCAUGCCAACGCCUUUGCGCUCCUUCCCCGGAAUGGAUGGCGUGAUGCUGCAGUUAUUUUAAUGCUCAUUCACCAGUUCAUAACUUUUGGGUUUGCUUGUACGCCCUUGUAUUUCGUGUGGGAGAAAGUUAUAGGAAUGCACGACACGAAGAGCAUAUUUUUAAGGGCACUGGUGCGUUUGCCUGUGGUGAUACCAAUCUGGUUCUUGGCCAUUAUAUUUCCUUUCUUUGGCCCCAUCAACUCGGGUGGGGCUCUUUUGGUCAGCUUCACGGUCUACAUCAUCCCCUCUUUAGCGCAUAUGUUCACUUUCAGAUCUGCCUCCGCAAGACAGAAUGCAGCAGAGAAGCUUCCAUUCUUCCUUCCGAGCUGGACUGCCAUUUAUGUAGUGAACACGUUUAUAGUGGUAUGGGUGCUGGUAGUCGGAUUUGGCUUUGGAGGGUGGGCCAGCAUGAACAACUUCAUCAACCAAGUUGACACUUUCGGCCUCUUUGCCAAGUGCUAUCAGUGCCCGCCCCGAACCACAGCCGCGAAAAAUCACUAAUUUUCUCAGGCAUAUUACAUAAGGAGCAUCAGCAUUUCCCCUUGUGCAUGCGGUGUGCUGUAUUUUCCCUAUCCUUUUGUUACGUCUAGUAUUGUGAAAGGUGUUCUCCUUUUAGUUAUAUCAAAGCAAUGCUUAUAUUUGGAUAUCUUUUUCCCCAAGUAUACAAGUAAACAAUAUAUUCAGAUGAUCAUGCCAAUUAUAAAGGCCAAGGGCGCCAACCAAGAACACUUAUAAUUUGAUAUGGAAUGCAUGCAGAAAUAGUCAUUAUUA